AUGAACGACUCUACAAAGGAAUCUAUCUGGAAGGUUAUCGACUUUUCCAAGCAAGUCUUGCACUGGGGUUUCAUUCCCGUCGUCAUUUACCUUGGCAUGACCCGUAGCAACCCCAAGCCCUCGUUGCUCAAGCUCAUUAGUCCUCUUGCUUAA